AUUUUUCUUCCUCAAUAUGGUCCGCUCUCGGCCAAGUGAGGGCGUUCAAUAAUCACUCGCCAUGCUGAAUAGCCUGAUGCUUACUGAAUGCCUUGUUACAUAUCAGGCUACAUGUCAUCUACCGCCAGAGCCCGCAUUAUUCCCGCCAAACGUCCUCUCCUGCCUCCGAAGUCUUCCCAAUCGUCCGUCCGUCUGAAUCCCAGCUCCAAACCGGCCGAUAUCCAGAUCCGAGAACCUGCCUUCUCAGAGAACGAUAAUGUUCAAGAAGACCAGCAAGAAAGAAGUCGCCCGGUGAUUGUCGAAUGCGACUUCUCCAAAGCCCCGCAGCCACUUCUGGAUCCGGAUAUUUGGAGUAGGAUGCGGAAACAGGCCCAAGAAUCAACUCAAGGACGGGAGGAUGGAUUUUCCGGUGAUAUAGAGGAAUGUGAGAGGAAAAGAGAAAGAGAAGCAGAGUAUGGAUGGCUUGCCAUCCAAGGCAGAGCGGCUAGAAGGAAGAAGGGAUGAUCAUUUCUGUCUGCUGAGGCGUAUUGAUUGGAUCUCACAUAUGAUGUUAUGACAGAUACUUGGGUCUACUUGGAUACGAUCAGUCAGCCACCAUGAUGGAGCAGUGUAAAUGGGUUGGCAUGGGCAUUAUACGACUGCGUUAGCAUGGCCUACAUAGGCAUGAGAGAUUUAAGAUAAAAAUAAAUGCAUUGAAGAUUCUUGGAUAGCUCAUC